GAAGCCUUCAGCCUAGGAGCGGCGGUAGAACCCGGAUCCCGGAAUUCCACGUUCUUCGGAGCGGGGCUUCUGGAGACGGCGGGUGGGAAAACCCGGCGCCCGGAAGCCUUUGCUUUCUUUGACGCAAGGGCUCGGGACGCAGCCGCCGUCGGCCGAGCGCCCGGCGAGGAGCGACCCCAGACGGAGCCUUCGGAGCCCCUCCGCCCUCACGUCUCCAGGUCCCCGAGGCUCGGUCUUCCUCGCCGCCCUACUCGUGGCCAUGGAGUGUCCGCACCUCAGCUCUAGCGUCUGCAUCGCUCCGGACUCAGCCAAGUUCCCCAACGGCUCCCCGUCGUCCUGGUGUUGCAGCGUGUGCCGCUCCAACAAAAGCCCCUGGGUCUGUUUGACUUGUUCAAGUGUCCACUGUGGAAGGAUUUGGGGAACCUGAAAAUACUUUGUACAGAUAACAUUAAAAAAAAAAAAAGAAGAAAAGUAGAAGCACUUAAAUUCUUCACUUGAAGAGACAGAUUCCUCUCCUAGAUUUUGAGAGGUAUGUGAAUGGCCAUGCAAAAAAACAUUAUGAAGAUGCACAAGUACCCUUAACUAAUCAUAAGAAAUCAGAAAAGCAAGAUAAACCUCAGCAUACAGUGUGUAUGGAUUGCAGUAGCUACAGUACCUACUGUUAUCGCUGUGAUGAUUUUGUGGUUAAUGACACCAAGCUGGGACUGGUACAGAAAGUCAGAGAACACUUACAGAACUUGGAAAACUCAGCUUUCACAGCUGAUAGGCAUAGGAAAAGAAAACUUUUGGAAAACUCAUCACUAAACAGCAAGUUGUUAAAAGUAAAUGGAAGCACCGCUGCCAUCUGUGCCACAGGCCUCCGGAAUCUGGGGAACACAUGUUUCAUGAAUGCCAUCCUUCAGUCACUCAGUAACAUUGAGCAGUUUUGCUGUUAUUUCAAAGAACUGCCCGCUGUGGAGUUAAGGAAUGGGAAAACAGCAGGAAGGCGAACAUACCACACCAGGAGCCAAGGGGAUAACAAUGUGUCUUUAGUGGAAGAGUUCAGAAAGACACUCUGUGCUUUAUGGCAAGGUAGCCAGACUGCAUUUAGCCCAGAGUCCUUAUUUUAUGUUGUUUGGAAGAUUAUGCCAAAUUUUAGGGGUUAUCAACAACAGGAUGCCCAUGAAUUUAUGCGCUACCUUUUGGACCACCUGCACUUGGAACUCCAGGGCGGUUUCAAUGGUGUUUCCCGCUCAGCAAUUCUACAGGAGAAUUCUACUCUAUCUGCAAGUAACAAAUGUUGCAUAAAUGGAGCAUCUACGGUUGUCACAGCUAUAUUCGGAGGUAUUCUCCAAAAUGAGGUUAACUGCCUCAUAUGUGGGACAGAAUCUAGAAAAUUUGAUCCAUUCCUGGACCUUUCAUUAGAUAUUCCAAGUCAGUUCAGAAAUAAGCGCUCUAAGAAUCAAGAAAAUGGACCAGUUUGUUCAUUACGAGAUUGUCUUCGCAGUUUCACUGACUUAGAAGAACUUGAUGAGACAGAGUUAUAUAUGUGCCACAAAUGCAAAAAGAAACAAAAAUCCACUAAAAAGUUUUGGAUUCAAAAACUACCCAAGGUGCUAUGCUUACAUUUGAAACGAUUUCAUUGGACUGCAUAUUUAAGAAACAAAGUUGAUACCUAUGUAGAAUUUCCCCUGAGAGGCCUGGACAUGAAAUGCUACUUGCUAGAGCCUGAGAACAGAGGCCCAGAGCACUGCCUUUACGACCUUGCCGCUGUGGUGGUGCACCAUGGUUCCGGGGUUGGUUCUGGACAUUACACAGCGUAUGCAACUCAUGAAGGUCGCUGGUUCCAUUUCAAUGACAGUACUGUAACACUGACUGAUGAAGACACCGUUGUGAAAGCAAAGGCCUACAUCCUUUUCUAUGUGGAACGCCAGGCCAAAGCUGGAUCAGAUAAACUUUAAUACCUCCUUUAAAUCAUUAUUUGUCAAGUAUACCGGACAAACAUUUCCAAUUUUCCGUAAAUACUUGAUCCAAGAUUUAAUUUCAUUAUGCACUUUUCAAUUUCCUAUUUUGGGUUUAGUUUUAUUUUGUCAGUGGUAGUGAUGUAUUGAACAUGGGCACCAACUAAUUUGUUUUUUUAGUUCUACCAGAAAACCUCAGCAGAUAUUUUGAUUUGCUGCUUUAGUUGUAAUAAUUGUUUUUAUAUGUAGUUUCAAGAACUUAGUUCUAUUUGACUUUUUUUAUAUUAAUGUUUUCAGUUCUCACUUUGAGGCACACUUACAUCAAUGCUUUGUUACUCUCGCAUGUUGCAAGCAGGAGGUGUUCCUGAUUGUGAAGAGCAGCCUAACGGUCUGCUGCCCUUCACAGCUGUCACGGAGACCAGGUUGACUGGAAAGCCAGGAUCAUGUGUGCACAUCAUUUGUGACCCACAGGAUUUCGCUGCUCAGUAAUCGUUCCUUUUGAUUGUAAAAGAGAAGUGGGAGGGCAUCAUUAAGCAGGCCAGGUAAUUGCUGCUCCUGGUAUCUCUCCAGGCUGCUGUUUAUCAGCACUAACUAAAUAAAUUUGUUGGUUCAGUUGUACCUCUACUGCAAAUUCAAGAAUUACUCCUUUUGAGUUUUUGUUUUGUUCUGGGGAUAUUUUUUGCUUGUGUGUUUGUGCUCAUGGAGCUAGGAGUACAGAAGAGUCCAAAGAUGACCAAACACUUUGAGUGUGUAAAAAUCUCAGACUCCGCUACACGGUGUAGAUGUUAUCCAGGGGGAGGAAACCAUAGCUUCUUUUUGCCUUUCAAACCAGCAUCUAGUUACCCCACUGGCUCUCGUGCUGGGAAUAACUACAUGUCCACUUCUGUCUUAUUUCUUGCUUGGCCAUCUGAGGUCGAGAUGCCGACCUCCAGAGUGGAUUCUGACCUUCACCUAUACUUCAGGUAACACUAUGGGGUCUGCUUCUAUAGAAGGAAAUCUGAGUCUUUGCUACUUUGGUUUUUAACAGCUCUCACUGGUCUAUCCUGAUAGAGCAAACUAAAAAUAUUCACUGAAUAGUUUGUUCUUUAGUUGUCUUUGUUUCAAAAUUUUCAAGAAUAAUAGGUAUAGGCACUAUUAGGAUUGAACUCAAAUUGAAAUCUGGAACCAGAAUUCCAUCUAAGGAAGGUAACUGAUUCUGCAAGUGGUCCAGGCCAGUCUUGAUGGGGUGGGGGGUGGGGGUGGCAGUGCUUACAGACUGGAGAGAAGGGAGAGAGAGAGAAAACACACACUCCCCACUAGGCUCUAGCACAGGACCGUGCACUGCUGUCAGCGCAUCUUACUCCAGUCCGUUUCUUCUGUUCUCUACAAGUUGUUACAAGGGGUAGAAUGUCUUUCAUAUUAAGCCAGUCAGCCAAAAUUUUUGGUAAUCUUGUUUCUCCUAUUAAAAGAAAAAAGCCAA